AGGCGCGGCACCGAGACACCUAAAGCGCGCCGCUGAUGUUCGGGAGCUCUUCCGCGUUGGCGCGCGUGCAGGUGCCGUGUGUUUCUCCACGUCAAUAAGCGGAGGAUCCGUGAGCUCGAGCUGAUAGUUGAGCUCUCACAGCACAGAUAUGUCAUUGCUGGACUCUGAUGACAGCUACGAUCUAGUCUUCAAAAUAGUUCUGGUUGGAGAUGUCGGUGUCGGCAAAACGUGUGUGGUUCAGCGAUUCAAGACCGGUAUAUUCAUGGAAAAACAAGGGAACACGAUCGGCGUGGAUUUUACCAUGAAAACACUGGAAAUACAUGGGAAAAGGGUGAAGUUACAGAUUUGGGAUACAGCCGGGCAGGAACGCUUUCGCACAAUCACACAGAGUUACUACCGCAGCGCCAAUGGUGCCAUCAUCACUUAUGACAUCACAAAGAAGGCCACUUUUAUGUCUGUGCCCAAGUGGAUGGAGGAUGUGAAGAAAUACGGUGGUUCCAACAUUGUUCCUCUAUUAAUCGGUAAUAAAUCAGACUUGACUGACCAGCGUGAGGUUUCGUUUGAGGAUGCGCAGACCAUGGCUCAUCAACUGGACUUUAUUAGUGCCAUCGAGACUUCAGCCAAGGACUCUAAUAAUGUGGAAGAGGCGUUUAACAAAAUGGCCAGUGAGCUCAUCCUCCGACAUGGCGGGCCCAUGUUCACUGAAAACGUGACGGACAGCUUUAAACUGAACAGCAAGGAUGUGACCAAUGCGGGCUGGGGGUGUGGGUGUUGAUGACUGUGCUUUCAGAAAGCAAUAAAAGCUUCGGUUCUUACCACUCGCUCACUUCUAUAAAUUGAGUUCUGUCAGGCAGACAGGUGCUGCGUUUGAUAGAGGAGGUUUCGAGGCCCACAAAACAGCACCAUUGAUUUUUUUUUUUUUUUUUUUUUCUCUUCUAAACCUAUAGUUGAACUUAACUGUGAAGAUGUUGGGUGGAGACUAUUUUGAGUGCCAAGGGCAAAAUUCUGACACAUUUCAAAAUUGUAACCAUGUAAUUUUCUUUAGAUAAAUGAAUUCUAACAAACAAUGUGUCUGUUCACACUGAACUCAAAACUACUGUGCGAAACAAUCAGAACGUGUGCAGCAAGACUUUGGACCAAUGACAUUUCAGAAUGGGCGGGGCUACUAGUGCAACACUUCAGAAAUAGAAUCUGAGCUGCUGAUGACACGUUAUGUUAGCCUGACUUCGUCAUACUCAUAUUCUAGGCAGAAUGUGAGUCUGAUACUGCUCCAUUGCACUUGAAUUAUGGGGCGUGUCUUAACCGAAC